UAUGGAAAUUCUAAUUUACCCCGGAAGAGUUGGUUACACGCCUUUCCUCAUGGCUCUCUCCCGCUUUCUCUCUCUUUGCUUCGCCAGAUCUCUCCUCCUUCUUAUUCUUCUUCUUCGUCUUCUUCUUCUUCUUCUCCUCCAUCCCAUUCAUCCUCCAGGAUUCCCAAUCAGAAAAGUGGGAGAACUCAAUUCUCUCAAAUCUCCGUUCCACCCUCGCCAUUCCUUUCAUUUAUCGUCAUUUUUGUCACUCUUAUGGAUUUAUUUUCCUUCUGAUUUUUACCGGACGCGAAAUCCCUCUAUUUUUUUUUCGUUUGUCCCUGCUUCAUUAUUUCCCCUAUUCUACGUCUUCUCCUGUCGUUGCCCUAACCUUUUUUUUUUUUACCUCCUCUGUUGAGAACAUCUAUAGUUUUUACCUAUUCUACUUUGCCCUUACUUAGAUUCUUUCCUUUUUUUUCCAUCUCUUGUGGUAAUUGUUGCCAACCUGAUUCUUUUACUUUCUGUUUUUACACUUGGCUUAGUGCAUAAAUACACAUUUUGGAACUUCUCUCAUUUUCUUUUUGGGAGGGUGGAGCAUUUUGAUUUGAGAGGAGAGUGUGCGUGGCGGGCAGGCAUUAUUUUAGUAUACCUUUACAGUGCAUCAUAGUUCGUCCUUUAGACCAGCCUUUGCUUCGUCUAGUGAUAAGCAUCAUUCCUCUUUCUCUCUUCUCUCUCUCUCUCUCUCUCUCUCUCUCUCUUUAGGCAAUUGGUUUUGUUUCGUUUCUCUUGGAGACUGCUUCGUCGGAUUGUCGCGGGGGGCGGUUUGGUCGGCGAUUGAGACGAGGAGCUUAGGCAACUUAAAUUUCUACUUUUAAGACUAAUUUCGACCUCAGCACCUCUAACAAUUCAAAGAUCACAAUGUCAGUUUCAAUGAGAGAUUUAGAUUCUGCUUUCCAAGGAGCUGGACAGAAGGCAGGGCUUGAGAUUUGGCGAAUUGAGAAUUUCCGACCUGUUCCUGUCCCAAAGUCCUUGCAGGGGAAGUUUUUUACUGGAGAUUCUUAUCUCAUCUUAAAGACUACAGCUUUAAAAGCUGGUUCUUUUCGGCAUGAUAUUCAUUAUUGGAUUGGCAAGGAUACAAGUCAGGAUGAAUCUGGCACUGCAGCAAUAAAGACUGUGGAGCUGGAUGCUGCUCUGGGAGGUCGUGCAGUCCAAUACAGGGAGGUGCAAGGUCAUGAGUCAGAGAAGUUCCUCUCUUAUUUUAAGCCAUGCAUUAUACCUCAAGAAGGGGGAGUGGCUUCAGGUUUCAAGCAUGUUGGAGAGAAAGAAUUUGAAACUCGCUUGUUUGUUUGCAAAGGAAAGCAUGUUGUACAUGUAAAAGAGGUCCCUUUUGUUCGAUCAUCAUUGAAUCAUGAUGACAUAUUCAUUCUGGAUACGAAGUCGAAAAUAUUCCAAUUUAAUGGUUCCAAUUCUUCUAUACAAGAGAGGGCGAAAGCUCUUGAAGUUGUUCAAUACAUUAAAGAUACUCAUCACAAUGGAAAAUGUGAGAUUGCAACUGUGGAGGAUGGAAAAUUGAUGGCUGACCCUGAUUCUGGAGAAUUCUGGGGCUUUUUUGGUGGUUUUGCUCCACUUCCAAGAAAGGCAACUGCAGAAGAAGAUGUCCAUAGUGAACCAGUACCUUUAAAGUUGUUAUGCAUAGAGAAUGGGAAACCUGUGCCCGUUCAGAGUGAUUACUUGAAAAGAGAACUAUUAAAGACGGAGAAGUGCUACCUGCUGGACUGUGGGAAGGAAGUUUUCGUUUGGAUGGGCAGAAAUACUUCUCUUGAUGAGAGAAAGGGUGUCUGUUCUGCAGCUGAAGAGCUUGUUGCUGGUCCUAGACAUCCAAAAGCUCAAAUUAUAAGGAUCAUUGAGGGGUUUGAGACUGUUAUGUUCCGGCAGAGAUUUGACAGUUGGCCAACAGCCACAGAGGCGACUGUUUCUGCAGAUGGUAGAGGCAAAGUUGCAGAGCUUUUGAAACGCCAGGGGUUUAAUGUCAAGGGUCUAAUGAAAGCUGCUCCUGUCAAGGAAGAACAAGAAGCAUUCCUUGAUUGUACAGGUAACCUACAGGUUUGGCGUGUGAAUGGUCAAAACAAGACUCUGAUUCCACCAAAUGAGCAGUCAAAAUUUUAUUCUGGAGAUUGCUAUGUCUUUCAGUACUCAUAUCCUGGAGAUGAUAAAGAAGAAUACUUAAUCGGUACAUGGUCUGGGAAGCAAAGCAUUGAGGAAGAGAGAACAUCUGCAAUCUCCAUCAUGAACAAAAUGGCAGAGGCAUUGAAAGGGCAAGUUGCUCAGGCUAGAAUUUUUGAAGGAAAAGAACCCAUGCAGUUCUUUUUGAUUCUUCAAAGCUUUAUUGUAUUCAAAGGUGGAAUUAGCAAAGGAUACAAAAAUUAUAUCUCUGAAAAUGGCAUUGCUGAUGAGACAUACUCAGAAGAUGGUAUUGCACUUUUUAGAGUUCAAGGUUCUGGACCAGAAAAUAUGCAAGCAAUUCAAGUUGAACCGGUGGCUGCAUCUCUGAAUUCUACAUAUUGUUACAUCUUGCACUCUGGUUCCACAGUCUUUACUUGGUCUGGAAGCCUUACCACGACGGAGGACCAGGAGCUUGUGGAGAGGCUAUUAGACCUAAUCAAGCCAAAUGUUCAGUCCAAGCCACAAAAGGAAGGUUCGGAGUCUGAGCACUUCUGGACACUACUUGGAGGAAAAAAUGAAUACCCCAGCCAAAAGAUAGUUGCUGAGGCUGAAAGUGAUCCUCAUUUGUUCUCUUGCCAUUUUUCCAGAGGAAAUUUGAAGGUUACGGAGAUAUUUAAUUUUAGUCAAGAUGAUUUGAUGACAGAAGAUGUAUUCAUUUUAGAUUGCCACUCCAACAUUUUUGUCUGGGUUGGCCAGCAGGUGGAUUCCAAGAGUAAAAUGCAUGCGCUAGAUAUAGGAGAGAAAUUCCUGGAACAAGACUUUCUUCUAAAAAAUCUGUCCCGUGAAACACCAAUAUUUAUCAUUAUGGAAGGUAGUGAACCCUUGUUUUUCACACGCUUCUUCACAUGGGAUAAUGCAAAGUCAGCGAUGCAUGGAAAUUCAUUCCAGAGGAAGCUUGCUAUUUUGAAGAAUGGAGUCACUCCAUCUCCAGAUAAGCCCAAGAGGCGGUCCACUGCACCAUAUGGAGGAAGAUCAAGUGUUCCAGACAAAUCUCAGCGUUCAAGAAGUGUGUCUUUCAGCCCAGACCGUGUGCGUGUCAGAGGAAGAUCUCCUGCCUUCAAUGCACUGGCAUCUGCUUUUGAGAAUCCAAAUGCUAGGAAUCUUUCCACUCCACCACCUAUUGUGAGAAAAUUGUAUCCUAAAUCAGUGACACCAGACCCUGUCAAGCUUGCUCCCAGCAGGUCAGCAGCUAUUGCUGCCUUAACUGCUUCAUUUGAGACGGCAAAAGAGAAUAUCAUAACUCGAUCUUUCAAAGCUGCCCCAGUGACGCCUCCAAAAGCUUCUUCACCAGACAGCAGUACCAAAGAGAAAGUUCACUCAAUGACUAGCAGAAUUGAAGAUCUCACUAUACAGGAAGAUUUAAAAGAAGGAGUAGAAGAUGAGGAAGGACUUCCAGUUUAUCCAUAUGAACGCCUAAUAAUAUCAUCAGCAAAUCCAGUUACUGAAAUUGAUGUAACCAGACGAGAGACUUAUUUGUCGAAUGAAGAAUUCAAGGAGAAAUUUGGCAUGACUAAAGAAGCAUUUUGCAAGUUACCAAAGUGGAAGCAAAAUAAGCAUAAAAUGGCUCUUCAUCUGUUCUGAUUUUACUUCUCAUUGAUUGUUGCUGGAGUUCCUCUGAACCUUCUAGUAGGUCUUUGGUCUCGGUAUCUAUUGAGAUCAGUUAUGAUGGAGCGCAGAUGCUGUCCUUUUUGAGCUGUUUGUCCUCCGUGAAGAGCACUUCCUUCGAAGGCUAGUUACUCAUCCUUUUGCAACCGCUAUUACCAUUUUUUCAGCUGCUUGGUUUUCCACCCACCCCAGUACAGGUUUUUUGGUUGGGAUUGUUUCAAUCUUUUAGGGGGAAAAAAAAGGAAAAGGAUAUGCGCCAUAGCCGAAGUUGUAUGUCGUAUUCUGCAUUAAGAAAAUUGUGUACAGCAAGUGUAACGUGUGGUGCCAGUCUAUACCUCGUUAAUUUUUUGUGACAAUAAAAUCUCGAUUCUUUCCC